ACACUCCUCUCUUUGCUCGUAUCUCUAUUUAAAGGGACUCCGUGUAUCUUUAUUUUCUUUAUAUUAAAUACACAUAUACGCAAAGAAAUGACCAGUGCCAGUAGUAACGGUAAUCGGCUGGCAGCGGAAGGGUAUUGGGGACCCAUUACGAGUUCAGUUGAUUGGUGCGAGGAUAACUACACUUACAGCCACUAUGUCGCCGAAUUCUGGAACACCGUUUCGAGUUUGGCAAUGAUUUUCCUUGGCUUGUUGGGGGUGGCACUUCACCAUCGUAGUCUCGGGUGGCGUCUAUCCGGAAGCUAUCUUUUGAUUGUUGUAGUCGGGAUCGGCAGCGUACUCUUCCAUGCAACCUUACAGUUUGAGCACCAGAUGUGGGAUGAGGUCCCAAUGGUAUGGACAGCAUGCUACUUAUUCUACGUCUUGCUCGAUCAACACGGCUACCGCGGUCCAUUCUAUGCCAUCAGCAUCACCCUGUAUUGCGCCCUCGCAACCUAUGUGACCAGUCAAUCCAAGGGAACCACCCAGUUCUUCAUGUUUCAAUCCUCAUUUGGCUGUGUCAUGUGGGGCUGUCUGUGGUUUGUACGGAAAAUGUACCGAGCCACGCAAAAUCAGGAAAUCGUCCGGCUUUUCCAUCGAGGUGCUCAGUUCCUUGCACUCGCUCUGGGUGUCUGGCUGUUUGACAAGAAUCUGUGUUUUGUUUACCAAAAGUAUAACCUGUACAAUCCCCAGCUCCAUGCAUGGUGGCACGUUUUAGUAAGUUUUCUCUUUCUUUGCUUCGUGAUGGAGGAUCUGGGGGUGCCGUUGAUAGAAAACAAACCCAAAGCAUGUUACUGAACUCGUAAAAACAACUUGUGCAGAUGUGCACCAGUUUACACUUCUUCUAUGUCGCAUGCGGACACCAGGUGGCAUUGGAGGAGGAGCAAACACAAGGAAGAAAUAAGCCUGAGAUUUGUUAUUUCGGUCAUCUGAUUCCAUAUGUCCGGGUCAAGGAUAAGGUCAAAUAAUAGUAGUAGUGGUAAUAGUAGUGGUAAUAAUACAUAAUAAUAAUAAGGUUGUGAUUGUACCCGACACCAUGGGAUGGUCCCUCUUUUCCGAUCUAACUCUACUGCUAUUAAAGCA